AUGCGGCGUCGUUUGGAGAAGCCUGUGACUUCAGACCACCUUCCUGAUGUAAUAACAGCUGAGCGAGUGUCCAAUGGCCCAGCACCUCCAAGAAACGUAGCAUGGGGCUCGACACCCGCAACACCAGCACCCAAAUAUUUAUUCACGAGUCCCGUCGCUCCGCCACGAGGAGGGUUGGACACUAUGCGCUCGCUAGAUUUGAGAGACAUGAAGAAAAUACGCUGCAUCUGGCUCGCACCCGAUGAAGGUGACCAGCAAAUUGUGCGACCUCCUCCGCUGGACAGCAUGCAAUACGCACAAAUCAGUGCGUCAAUGUUUGGCAGCAACAUUAUGGAGAAAAUUAAGCGCGCCGACAACCUCUCUGUCCAACUUGAACGCAGUAACCGCUUCAUGGACGCCAUGCACACGUACGAGCAGGCAGCAAAAAUGCUGCUUCGAUGUAUACAAAAGCGCGAGGAAGCUCGAGGCAUUAUGAUGGAUGAGCUCAAGUGGCUUCGUAUCGACUACGAGAUUCGCUGUGUGCAACUCGUGGCGCUUUGUAUGUGUGGAGCACGGAAAGCAGCCGCAGGGGGAGAUAACACAGCGUUCUUGCUACUCAAGAAGGCGGAGGAGUUGACAGCCCGGGAUGGACUCCAGUAUUGUAAAAAACACGUUCAGCGUGCUGCAGUUUACCAGAACGUCGCGAAUUACUACAAGAAACAAAAGAAAUAUCAAGCAGCGCUGCAGGCUGCGGAGAAGGCGGUGCGAAUCAACGACAAGCUCGCGCCGAGCGAUCGUUUCCCUGUCGCGUACUUCUUGCAAGCGUGUAUACAUGGGCUACUACAAGAGCCCUCGAAGGCUGGCUUCCUGUACACUGCAUGCCUCACGUUGGUCGAAUCCCAGCGAUCAGCGAACGAGAAUCCUCAAACUGCAGAAGUGUUUUAUACAGUUAAGGCUGCAACAUUACACAAUUUGGCCAUCGAGUGGGCCAACUUAAAUAUGCCUGACCAAACGCGUGACGCUCUUGCAAGCGCCAUGGAGAUUGGAGUCCACUACCUCCCACAGACGCACCUAGUGGUUGCACGUAUCCUGGAAACCUACAAGGUUAUGAGAGAGAAUUUCCUCUUCCACUCGAGUACCAGGACAGCUACAGUACCAGCUGCAGCACCGCAAAGUACUCCACCAACUGCUCCUGUUCGUCCCGCCCCAGACAGUGGUAAUAAACGUCCAUUACCCCCAAGUUUACAGAAGACGUCUCAUGGCGCACCACAAGAUUUGUCGAGUCCUCGAGCAAGGCGAGUAUUGACCCGUGAAGUGUAUCACCCCGAGUCUGAAGAUAUUAGUCCAGUACCGCCAACGUCUCGACGGCCGACCACCCCCUUGUCAGCAGCGAGUCUACUGUCACCACGUGCCAGAGCUGCCACGCGACCGACUACCUCAGCAGAAAUGCCAGCUAAAUUAUCCGGACACACCCUCCCGCCUGGAGCAACAAGGACCUCUCAUCUUCGGACAGUACCAGACAAGAUUUACUCUCAUUCAUUGGGGGCAAAAUACAAUUCUAACAAAGAACGAGUCCUUGAAGAAGCCCGAGCCUUCGGGGUCCGCCGCAGAGCUGCAGCGAAAAUACAGAGCACCAUACGUAUGCAUCAUCAAAAAGUUGAGUACGAGCAAAUUCUCCGGAUAAUUCGACGGGCGCAAGCUGUAUGGCGAGGCGGUCUUUCACGGACGCGUAACAGGAUGGCUCUUUCAUCGGUAGUUCAGAUUCAAAGUGCGUGGCGCUGUCGUAAUGAGCGCGCGAAAUAUGCUAUCAAGAAGAUCCGGAUAGUACUAUUGCAGUCCGUCAUAUUUGUGCGUGAAAGAGUUUAA